UCGGGGCCCUGCCGUGACGCGCCUCCGGUUCCGCAGCCCGGCGGGGCGAUGGCGGCGGGGGAGGCGGUGACGCUGCAGCUGGGCCCCUACGCGGGCUGCGUGGGCUCCCACUGGUGGGGGCUGCAGGCCGCGGCGCCGCGCGGCUCCGCCGAGCUCGGCAGCGGGCCCCUGCUGCGGGCCGCGGGCGGCCGGGAGGAGAGCCGCACGCCGCGCCUCAUCGCGCUGGAGCUGAAAGGCGGCGUGGGCUCGCUGGGGCGCGGCGCCGCCUGCCCGGAGGCUCCGGCGGCCUGGCGCGGGGACGUGGCGAGCUACGUGGAGCAGCCGGCGGCCGGAGGCGCCUCGCCGCGGGACCGCGGGCGGCGGACGGGAGAUGCUUCUUCUGAUGGAAAGGGCAGCUCCGGCACUUCUCUUCAAGAUGCAUCUUCUGCCCCUGCGCAGCUCGAUGUUUCCCAGGAUGUUUACUCAGGCAGCAGCAUGCAGGUCUGGUCUGAUUACCUCAAUGUGCAGCUGCAUCCCCGGAGCAUCUAUGUCAUCCAGCAGUACAAUCACAACGGGGAGUCUGGUCGUCUAGAAGCCUUUGGACAAGGUGAAAGGCUCCUGCAAGAGCAUGGCUGCGUAGAGGAGCUGGAAGAUCGGUUGCACUUCUAUGUCGAAGAGUGUGAUUAUCUGCAGGGAUUUCAAGUCCUCUGUGACCUACACAGUGGGUUCUCUGGAGUUGGUGCCAAGGUGACAGAACUGCUCUACGAUGAGUAUUCAGGAAAAGGAAUCCUGACCUGGGGCUUGACUCCAGUCAUGCAUAACAUGGGGGAUUCUCAGAAGAACUUUUACAGGCUGAUGAACACAGCCCUAGGAAUUGUACACCUCUCCAGUCACAGCUCGCUGUUUUGCCCUAUGUCGCUCAAUGGGAGUCUAGGACUCAAGCCACAACCUCCCAUUACAUUUCCCUACAUAAACUAUGAUGCAUCACUUAACUACCACAGCAGUGCAAUUUUGGCAGCAGCACUUGAUACCCUUACUGUUCCUUACCGACUCUGUUCCUCUCGGGGCUCUAUGAUGCACCUUGCUGAAACACUUAAUUUCUCUGGGAGAAAGGUUGCAGCUGUGUGGGCUUCAGUUCCCUUUCCUGCUGUGUAUGGCCACUCGCUUCCAGAUGUUUUACACACAUACCAGCAGGAUCUGCCCUGGAAGCUGCUGUCUUCAUGUAGGGAGCAAAACGUCAGCUGCUGUUUUGCUCAGUCUGUUGUGCUAAGAGGAAUUUGCAAAGAAGGUCACAUCAGCAGCUGUCCAGGAAAGCAGCCUACUUCUCCACUCCAUGCUUUUGAGACAGCUGAACAAAUUCUGCAGCAGUAUUUACAUGCUGUGUUUCCUGGGGCAUUCAGCACAUUCCACGUUCUUGAGCAGCCGUGUAUGACCCGGCCUCCAUAUCCCCGUUUUUUUUCUCCUCUUCUGACCAGACAAGGCUUCCUCCUGGACAAACCUUCCAGUUAUUCUGCAGCAGCUGUCGAAAGUAUUCCUGUAUUAACAUCCCUGCAGUCUUCAUCUGUUCUGCACACGCUCCUCUACAGCUUAUACAAGGAUCUACAGAAGCUGAAUACUCGACGAUGGGCCAGCUUUUUCUCUGCAGGAGUUGAACAGGCUGACUUCCACGAGGCCGUAGAGGCACUAAGAACUCUAUCACAAUGCUAUGAGACAGGUUUUGGAGACGAUAAAUCUGAAGAUGAAACAGAUUCAGACUGACUCAUCUUUAUUACUGGAGAUAGGGGAAGGAAGAAUAUUCUUCAAGAUUGCUUUCAGAAUAAAAAAAAUGGUGCUUGAA